GACACACCACCAGCGGCGACACGCUCCGCUCACGUUGUGAGGGUGAGAGGGUUUCGUUUUUCGCUCGUUGACUGAUCGUUCUUUAUCACUUGUCUUUCGCGUUCGAUCCAAAUACAUCGCGAUCGGAGAGUACUUGCUGCUCCAGAAAAUCUAUAGCCGAGAAUAAAUCGGUUCGUCAAGAUCGGCGGAAAAAUUGGUGGAGUAAAUUGUGAGGCGAGUUGUACAUUGUCAUCUUGAACUGCAGGUGAUCCUGCGUAUGACGUAUGAAAUGAAGUGUCGAAAGCGGUGACAACAAUUCCUGCUACUAGCUCAGUGAAGUGUCAAUGAAGUGUUGACGAGAAAAAAUAAACUGUAAACUGAGACAAUUAAAAUUUAUUCAAUUAGAAGUCAUGGAGAAAAUUGUAUAUGUCAUUACAAAUGAUCUUAUACGACAAAUUACUGUCCAUUGAUUAAUGACAAUUGAUCUGUAUCGUAAAGUUUUGGAAGAGGAUACUUUGCAAGAAGAAACGUUUUGAAUAGAAAGAGAGUUUUACAAGAAUUAAUUAUUGGCAAAAAAAUCUGCGAAGUUUCUAAAAAUAAAAUCAUAGAAGAAAAAGUGAGACUAUUACCAGGCAUACGCUUAGCAUAUGUCUUCGUUUACCUUGUCUAUCUUCGUAGAAUUCUUCGUAAGUGAUAUGUCGCAAUUCGACAUAUCUAACUGAUGACAAUUACCUGAUUGUGAGUUCUUUGGCAUUUGCACGACGCACUUACCAAGGAAAAAGAAAGGAGAGCGAUUGACUUGUGCAAUCUCUUGUUUCAACUAACUUGAAGAAUUAGCUGCGUAUAUUUGUUGUAGUUGAGUGGUUUUCGAGAAAUAAGAAGAAACGCGUGGAACUGUUUCUUUCAGCUGCUAAAAAUAUUCUGCAUAUAUUGCAUUUUAAUUAGCGGAAAGAAUUGUGUCUGAACGAAAUUCAUGAGAAUAUUUUACUGUGAUUAACUCGUGAUCAAAUGCUUAAUCUUUUGUAAUUAUUUCUUCUGAUUUCUUUACAAUAUAUACAUCAAAGCAUUUUGUGAUUGUGAUAUAACAGUGACAAAAAAUUAAACGUUUCUCUAUAAUAAUAUAACUAGACAAAAAUAAAUUGCGAUUGAGUAAACGCGCGCGAAAUACAUUCUAAAAUUGUAAAUAUCGAAAUUAUCAUUCCUGCGUGCUAAGUGACUUGAUAAAUUUUUAAAUAAACGUAUCUUGAACAAUAAAAUUGGUGUAAGAAAAUCAGUAAAAAAAGAUCCAAGUGAUAACAAUAUCCGACAAUAUACUAUUCAAUUUUUUAUGAACACAACACAUUAAUUACAGCGUUAAUUGAAUGUAUCUCGAGAUUGUGAAUAAUUUAAAAUAUUUAAAAUAAAUAUUUAUAAAUUAUUGAUCGUGUCGAGUCGUCGAAGAAACUGGAAUUAUUCGAGUUAAAUACAUAUAUAUCAGAACAGUUGACGAACAAUACAUUAAACUACCUCGAUAUCGCUAUGUGUUGCAGCACGGGCUAAUUAUCCUUAGUGUCGAAUCUAGUGAAUUCUGAAUGACUCUUCACGCUUGAACCGAGACCGCGGUGCGCCAUCGACGGAGUCGGAGGACGAGUUAAGGAGUGGUGUUGUUCAAAAGGGUGGUGCGACGUUCGGGUACGCAAGUCUGCAGGCCAGCUCUGGGGUGCCGGGCCCGGGCGGGGUGAUGAGCUGCUCCGAUGUGAUGUAUCAAUAUUAUCCUUACCUUUACCAGACCCACCGGCCACCGCCGCCGCAUCCGACCCACCCCCAUGCGGCCCCGCACAGUCAUCCCCACACUAAUCCGCACGCGGCCCACCACAGUCCAGCCAGGCCGGCGCCCUUUCAACCCUUUCCGGCGGCUACGGCGACGCAUCAAUAUGACAGGCUGAAUGUUCAUCAAAGGUCAUUGGAAGCAGCUGGUAUCGAGCUCUGCGGAACCGGCGGAAGCGUCCCUCAAGGUCAGCCGAGUAGCGCGGGUUCCGUAGGGUCCGCGCCGAGUCCCGCAUCCCCAAGGCCAACGCCGCAACCGCGGCCACCCCUCGCAACCACCACCUCGCAACCCUCGCGAACGCUGGACGAUGACAGAUCGACGGACGGAGGGGUAGGUGCUGGUAACGCCACCGAGGACUCCGACGACGGCGAGAGCAGGGCGCAAUACGUUAACGCGAACUGCGUCGUGUUCACGCAUUAUCGAGGCGACGCGGCGUCGGAAGUCGAGGAACACUUUCAGAGAGCCCUCGCGCACGACAAGUUGAAGGAAAAUAUCUCUCCCAUGUCCAUGAGGAAUUUUCCCCCUUCCUUUUGGAAUAGUCAGCAUCCCGGUGAUGUCUACGAGUACCCGACGGAUCCGUGGCAUUACCCGCAGUACCAUCACAGAGCUGUGCACGAAUACCACCAUCACAACAUGGCGGCGAGUUACGGAGGCCUUUUGCUCGGUGGUGCACGCGGCCUCGGCCACCACACGUCUCACCACGCGGCGCAUCACGCGCACGCUGCAGCGUCCUACAAGGAGUGGACGUCGACGACGCCGUCGCAGUCCCUCGUCGACGCUUCCUCGGCGCCGCCCUAUCCUCACGGCCACUACGCACCCCUCUCCGGUAAGACUCGAGUCUCAAGUUCAGGAUUCCAAGGACCUUUACUGGUUCUAGGAUCGAGCGUUGGACAGGAGGCAUGCCGUAUCCUUAAAUUCAGAGAACGACUGAACGAUUGUGUUUCGAUUAAUGAGAAAAUUUAAUGAUUAGAUCGUAUAAAAUACAAACGUAAAAGGAACAAGGACAUUGUUGAGCAAAAAUGACGAUUGAACGUUCGUCGUUGUCGCUUGUUCAUCGUUGUACAUAAUGUUACCUACGUCUUUUAAGGAUCUACUAUUAACGUAAAGAGGAUAGUAUUAGACGAAUUAUUUGCGCGCACUAUUACCUUUAUAGUGACUGCUGUCUGAAAUGUCUGUCUAAGGAGAGGUUGGCUGAUGGCUUAUCUCACGAUGAGAAUGUGACCGAGAAGCGUCUUCAGCUGGUACAAUAGUGUAGCGCGAUCUAGACCGUCAGAACACACCUAAAUUUCCCAAAUAAUUAUGUAAUAACAUGUCUUCGAUUUAUGCCACAAGACAUUAUAUUUGAAUUUUUUACUUCAUUAAGGAUACGAUGGUUAAAUGAGAAUAGCAUUCGACAGUUUAUAUUUAUUCAAAACAAGGUAAGAAUUUAAAAAACUAGAAGAGAAAUAAACAAUAGAGAGAAAGGGAAAAAAUGCUUCCAAAAUUCAAAUCGAGAGACAUUACAUACAAGAUUAGCAAAUAAUUAUUUGGCAAAUUUAGCUGCCGAUUUAAGUGAAGUAUUUAUUGACCAAUGAUCUUGCCAUAUAUAUAAAUAUAUUAUUAUUAAUUAUUAUUAUUAUUAAUGUAUCAUAAACAAUGGACGCUGCAGAUAUAAAAUCUUCUCAAAAGAGUUAGCGAAUUAAAAUAGUUAUUAUCCGACAAAUCAACUAUUAUUCUUUGCACCCUAAUUGCACCCUACGUACAUCUUAUCUCUUCAUCUUUCAAAUCUUUCACACCCGCUGUUUCAUCGUUUAGUAUCUGUCCGGUAUAAUCACUACCGUAUUACUUACAUUAAGCACAUCGUAUCCAUUUCAUGUUAUCGCCUGCCUAAUUGUUAAAUAAAUA